AUGAAUGUGUUCCUGCGUAGGAUUCAAAAUGUGGCUGGUGGUACCUACCUUGAUCUUGUCAACGGAUGGUGUGCCCCAGGAACUCAAGUACAUGGCUGGGUGGGCUAUGCAACGGAGAGCCAAGACUGGUUCCUGCGUCGUAUGAGUCGUACAGAUGGCGAUCUCAUUGAUAUACUUGCCAAAGACACACACAACGCCAGUAACUUCCAGGGCUUCAGACAGGAUUCCUUGACUUUGGAAUUCUGUGGGGAGUAA